AAGUGGGAGCUCGGGAGAAGCGGAAAUUGCAGCAGCAGCAGGAGCCGUCGCCAGCCCGGGAAGCAGCGGCGGGGAGCCAGGGCAGCGGCGGCCGCAGGAGGAGGCAGGCGGUGGUAGCCGGCGGGUGCCAGCAUGUGGAAGGCUGCUGCAGGCCACACCAUUUCUAUCAGCCAUGAUGAUGGAGCUGAUGACUGGGAGACAGAUGCUGAUUUUGUGAAUGAUGUGAAUGAGAAAGAGCAGCGCUGGGGAGCUAAAACUGUGAAAGGAUCUGGCCACCAAGAGCACAUCAAUAUUCAUCAGCUGAGAGAGAAUGUGUUCCAAGAACACCAGAACCUCAAAGAGAAGGAGCUUGAAACGGGACCGAGAGCUGCCCAUGGCUACGGGGGGAAAUUCAGCGUCGAGCAGGAUCGCAUGGAUAAAUCAGCUGUUGGGUUUGAAUAUCAGGGGGAAACUGAGAAGCAUGCCUCCCAAACAGACUACUCCAGUGGCUUUGGUGGGAAAUACGGAGUGCAGGCUGACAGAGUGGACAAGAGUGCCGUGGGCUUUGAUUACCAGAGUAAAAUUGAGAAGCAUGGGUCACAGAAGGAUUAUUCCAAGGGCUUUGGUGGUAAAUAUGGUGUUGACAAGGACAAAGUGGACAAAAGUGCUGUUGGCUUUGAGUAUCAAGGCAAAGUGGAAAAACAUGAAUCACAGAAAGAUUACGUAAAGGGCUUUGGAGGCAAGUUUGGAGUGCAGAGAGACAGACAAGACAAGUGUGCCCUGGGCUGGGACCACCAGGAGAAAGUGCAGCUGCACGAGUCCCAGAAAGACUAUAAGAGUGGUUUCGGAGGGAAAUUUGGUGUGCAGAGAGAAAGGCAGGACCCAUCUGCUGUGGGGUUUGAUUACAAGGAGAAACUAGCCAAGCAUGAAUCUCAACAAGAUUACGCCAAAGGCUUUGGUGGGAAGUACGGCGUCCAGAAGGAUCGGAUGGAUAAGAAUGCAGCAACUUUUGAAGACAUUGAAAAACCAGCAUCAACUUACCAGAAGACCAAACCAGUAGAAGCUGUUGCCAAUAAAACAAGGAGCAUCCGAGCUAACUUUGAAAACCUGGCCAGGGAGAAGGAGCAGGAGGACCGCAGGAAGGCGGAGGCCGAGCGGGCGCAGAGGAUGGCCAGGGAGAAACAGGAGCAGGAGGAGGCCCGAAGGAAGCUGGAGGAACAAGCCAAAGCCAAAAAGCAAACUCCACCCUCAUCUCCGACCGCACAGCCAGCUGAGCAGCAGGCUCCCUCAAGCCCAGUCUAUGAGGAUGCAGUUUCCAGUGCGGUGCAGGCUGCCUACAAGGACCCCGGCACGGCCGCGCGCGAGCCGGAGCCUGGCUACAGAGCCGCAGAGUACCAAGAAGCAGUGACUCAGCAAGAGGCAGAGUAUGAGCCAGAGACUGUCUACGAGGUGGCAGGAGCGGCAAACCAUUACCAAGCAGAAGAAAAUGCUUAUGAUGAGUAUGAGAAUGAACUUGGGAUCACAGCCAUAGCCCUUUAUGACUACCAAGCUGCGGGUGACGACGAGAUCUCCUUCGACCCGGACGACAUCAUCACCAACAUCGAGAUGAUCGACGACGGCUGGUGGCGAGGGGUCUGCAAGGGCCGCUACGGCCUCUUCCCUGCCAACUACGUGGAGGUGAGACAGUGACCUCUCCUGGCUGCUGCUGCUGCCUUAAUCGCCCAGCCGAGAAAGCUGGCUCCCUCCCCGCGGCAGGGUGGUGCUCCCCUGGGGGCAGGGUGUGGCUGUAUCCAUCCUGCUUUUGUAUUUCAUACUCUGCUGAUGCUUUUUCAAAUGUUUAUGCCACAGAAGUCGCUAAUAUAUUGCAACUCCUCUGCUCCUCACUCAGGCUCCUGGGGGCUAUCUCCAUGCUUUUGGGAAAGUUUCUUCUCUGCCAAAUUAGCAUCUGUCAUAAACAGCCUUCCUGAGGACAGCUAGCUGUCUGUUGUACUAGUGCAUGUUGGGCUCCUAAGUGAGCAGACUUCCUUAGUGUUCCAGUCUAGAUAGUCUUCCACUAAAUGUUCUCAGCUGAGCAAGCGAUGGCUCUGCAGGUUGCAUCCCACAGAGGCAGGGCAGGGCUGGGGAGGUGCAUUGGGGUU